AUGACGACCCGGCACACCGAAUCGCAACUUAGAAUGCUACAUUCUAUUGCAGAGAAGAAGCGUAGAGUGGAGGAGCAUCACAGGACUGCCCUCCGAGGUUUCGAACUUGAAAUCAGCGAACUGGAGUCUUCCUAUGGCGGCCUCUACAACACCGACGCACCGGUGUUGUCCCUCCCAAACGAGAUAGCGGCUCUUAUAUUCAAGCACGCUGUCGACACCGCACGCCUGGAGCACUUUUUCGCUAGAAACAAGACUACAAAGGAACCCUGGCCUGAAGUCGCAUUUUCUCUUGUAUGCCGCCAAUGGCGCUCUGUCGCCAUUUCCUUAUCCGACCUCUGGACGGAAUACACAUUCUGUGGUGGCCCGCAUAGCCAAUGCUCUCUCGAUCGAUUUGAUGCCUACCUGAAGCGGUCUUCUCCGCGCUUACUGGACCUGCAGUUUGACUUCACGCAGGAGAACACGUUCGUGGCUGACCUGGGUUUCUUCGAGCUCCCUAUGAUCAGGGCCGCCAUCCUUCACGUAGACCGUUGGAAGCGAUUCGCGAUCAAGAUGCCUCAUUACGUCCUGGCCAACGUUCCACAAGCCAACCUGCUCCGCCUUUUUCGCGAUAUUCAUGCUCCGCACCUCGAGCUUUUCCAGAUGUGCGGGAAUAGCAAUACCGAGCUCGAGCGUCAUCACGGAUACAUCGCCUCAGAUUUCACCAGCACCCUCGUGCCGUCAAUAUUCGAAAGCGGGGCACCGAGACUCACUUCCGUUUGGCUCGAGCCUUCCAUCCUGCACAACUGUUGCCCACCUCUCGACAAUGUCACCACUCUUCAUCUCACCAUGAGCCCAAAAGCGCAGAAGAAAAUUUCCUUUACCUGGAGUGCAUUUGCGAGCGUUCUCAAACUUCCGAACUUGAUCAACCUCUCCGUCAAUGGGGACAUUACGACCGUCGACGAUUUCUCCGACAACUAUGAGGAUCUGACUACUUACGACAUGCCGCAGCUCAAGACGCUUCGUCUCUACAGGUCGCGCACGAUGAUAUCGAUGCUUCCAUGUCUUCGUGCACCUCAACUUGACAGCCUCACUCUUGAGGAAAUCAAUUUCUCCGCUGUCGAAGUCGAGUCCUCAGACUAUUUCUUUCCCUCCCUUCGCUCGCUGUCCCUCGUCGACCUGCGCUACCUUAACGAAGAAGGCGCUCGCGACCAAAACUUCUUCCUUUAUCAAAUUACGAGGACCUUAGUGGACCUCACGAUUUCCCAACGCGCCAAGGGAUCGGAGGACAACGCUCUUCUAGUGAUGAUCGCAGAGCUUCCAAAGGGAACCUGGCCGAACCUGCGCACCGCCACUUUUAACAUCGAAGAUCAAUGGAAACCCGAUUUCUAUGGCGAGUUCGCGAAGUCCCGGCUUCCUGCUGAAGUUGUCGUUCGUGUUCACGAAAAUCUCGUUGAACAUUGCUGCUCCUUCUGGGAGGGGCAAAUAUAUGGUGGCGGAAUGUGCUGCUGCUCCGGUUUUCAUUGGCCCGACCUCGAGAUCAUCGAAGACCAUGAUGACGCCGUCAUCCCUCGCAAUUGGCCUCUGGAAAAUAAAGUCGCCCUCAUUCGAGAUACGCUUUAUUUUGACAAACCUUUCCAUUCUGAGGGGUACUUUUCGGAUUCCCGCUACUGGGUGGAUGACGAAUGGGAUUCGGAUUCAGACGAAUCGGACGAAGAAGACUGA